AUGGACCAUCCGAACAUCACGCUUUUAAAUUCCAGCACACACAACACCACAGCGACUGAUUCCUCCGUCUUAACGUUGCGCAACUCGGCUGCCGGAUGGACCGCAUUAGUGACCCUUAAACUCCUCAUCUCCGUGGUCUCCGUUCUCCUCAACUCCGCCGUUCUACUCAUCCACUACUUCAUUCCUGCCUAUAUAAAUCCGUUCAGCGUGUACCUGUUGGCGCUGUAUUUAGCCAAUCUCUUCUACAUCCUUACCUCGCGUCCCAUGGAGAUCCUGGACGAGCUCUACGGCCUCUACCCAAACGCCGGCUACCCCGUGUGCAUGCUAUACUUAUACCAAAAGGUCAGCAGCAUCGUCCCGGUCCUCUUUCACGUCCUCAUCUCUCUUAACCGGGUAUGGGCCGUGACCUUUCCCGUCUCUUACCGCGAGCGCCACACCCGUCGCUUGGCAGUGUUCAUCUGCCUCGGUAUUGUCGCCUACGUCCAUAUUCUCAAUUUACCGCCGUACUUAAUCGACGCGAUCAAAUACUAUCCGGCGGUGUUUGCAAAAUAUCACGAUUGCGGCCACAUUUCCACGAAUUCGCUGGAUUUUCCCAAAGCGGAUGAAAUCAUUAACCGACUGUUGCCGACGUGUAUUGUACUGGUUAGCUACGUGUUCAUUAUCGUGAAACGCUGGAAGAGGAAAACACCCCGCAGCAACCAGGUCAGCACCAGCCGUUCAACACGGACGGCACAGGAGAUGUACGCUUGGCAGCCGGCGCGUAAGAUGUUUAACCGGCCUCGCCGGGCGGUUAAGCCGUUUGUCGUCGUCAGUGUGACGACAAUCAGUGUUCUGAUUUGUUAUUUGCCGGUGCAAGUCAUCUUCUUUCUUAGCCUGUUUUAUCGCAUCAAUCCACCGAGGAACGUCUACAGUGCGGUGACUACGCUGUAUUCAUUGGAGAUGAUAGUGGAUCCGUUAAUGUGGAUUUGUAGUUUGCGUCGCAUACGAAAGCCAUAA